AUGGACAAAGUAAAUGACACUCUGGUAACUGAGUUUGUAUUGCUGGGACUUGCACAAUCCUUGGAAAUGGAGAUUUUCCUUUUUCUCUUCUUUUCUUUAUUCUAUGUGGGAAUUAUCCUGGGAAACCUCUUCAUUGUGUUGACAGUGAUUUUCAGUCCUCACCUACACUCCCCCAUGUAUAUUCUGUUGGCCAACCUAUCACUCAUUGACCUGGGCCUUUCAUCUACCACAGUUCCUAGGACGAUUUCUGAUCUUUUCGGUGACUGUAAAGUCAUUUCCUUCCACAAAUGUAUGAUCCAAAUGUUCUUUAUCCAUGUCAUGGGAGGAGUUGAGAUGGUGCUUCUCAUAGCAAUGGCAUAUGACAGAUACACAGCAAUUUGCAAUCCUCUCCACUAUCUAACUAUUAUGAAUCCCAAAAUGUGCACAAUUUUGAUUGUGGCUGCUUGGGUUGUUGGGGUGAUUCAUGCUGUGUCUCAGUUUGUUUUUGUCAUAAAACUACCCUUCUGUGGCCCUAAUCACAUAGAGAGUUUUUACUGUGAUUUUCCUAGGGUUAUUAAACUUGCAUGCAUGGAUACUUACCAACUAGAAUUUGUGGUCACUGCCAACAGUGGCUUCAUAUCAAUGGCCACCUUCUUUUUCUUAAUUGUAUCAUACAUCUUUAUUCUGGUCACUGUUCGACAACAUUCUUCAAAUGACUUAUCCAAAGCAUUCUUCACUUUGUCUGCUCACAUCACUGUAGUGGUUUUGUUUUUUGCUCCUUGUAUGUUUCUCUAUGUGUGGCCUUUCCCUACCAAGUCAAUGGAUAAAUUUUUUGCCAUUGUGGAUUUUGUUGUCACCCCUGUCUUAAAUCCUGCCAUUUAUACUUUAAGGAACAGAGAUAUGAAGAUGGCAAUGAGAAAGCUGAGUCGACAGGUUGUAAGUUUUAGGGAGAUGACAUAA